AUGUGGACUGUGAAGAUAUUAGUCUUGGUAUCAUUGCUGUGCCUAUCAUGUGGACCACAGGAAGUGAGCUCGACUUUAUCUAAUGUUAAAGGUUUAAUCAAAAAAUGUGAACUUCCUGCAUCUGAUCAACACCAAGAACCAACGCAAAACUGCAACCAUCCAUCCUCUCACCCAGAGAAAGACUGCAACCGUCACCAUCUACCGACAGAGAAAGACCCCAAUCCUCAACCCAUUCAAACAGCGCAUCCCUGCAAGAAAACAGCGCAUUCCUGCGAGGAAACAGCGCAUCCCUGCAAGAAAACAGCGCAUUCCUGCGAGGAAACAGCGCCUUCCUCCGUCGAAGGCCACGCUUGUGACUCCUAA